AACAGCGCGAACGAACAGUAUUUUUGUUUUUAUACGAAGAAUUCAAAAAUUUGCUCUUAUGAGACAGCUACUGUUAGUUUUUGUAAUUUACGAGGUUUUGAAACCGGUUGAAUGUGUGAAUGGAGUAAUAUGGAACAAACAAAGCGGAAAUUUUGUGCCGAUUUUCAGUAUUCCAUCGUUUGCGGCGAUGAGGGAUGAAAUUUUUAAAAAAAGUCUGGAAAAGGAGACACAUAAUUUUCAAGGGGAAAUUGUUCGUUUUUCGUAUUAUGAGAUUAUCAAUAUGGUCAAAUCGGAAGCCAACGGAACCAAAGUGACCGGAGUGAUCGGCGAAGUUUGGAAUACUUUAUCGGACUACUUAAACUUUACAUUGAAACCAAUACUCAGUGAAUAUCAAACAUUAGGAGCCCCACUUCCUAAUGGAAGUUAUGACAAUGGUUUAUUGAAAACUAUUCAAUUAAACAAAACAGAUGUGAUAGCAAGAGUGGAAGCUCGACAUAGCAGUCGACUAAAGGCAACGCAGUUUUCUCUGCCGUUAUGGAAAACUCAAUACCGAUUAUACAUUCGACGUCAAUUGAAAUUUCGAUCCGACUGGAUGCUGAAAUUAUUCUCUCGAAAAGUUUGGUACUCGAUUCUGUGGAUGUACCUCCUGUUGACCGUGUGCAGUUAUGUUUCUCAAAAAGCAGGAAUAGUUCUUAGUCGCCGAGACUUGAUUGUAGACUUGAAAGACCAUCUUUUCUACAAUUUUGGCACGAUUAUUGGUCAAAUUCAUCCGUGGGAAUGUGUUUCCAAAAGUGCGAGAAUCGUGAACUUGUGGAUGACUAUAUUUUCUUUUUUCAUCAAAACAGCUUAUAACGCACUUAUACUCAAUUACAUAUGGUCUACUACAGUGACGAUUCCUUUCGAUGAUCUUCACUCUUUAGUGCAGGAUACUUCGUACAACGUCCUUACAUUAUCGGGUUCUUUGCCGAAUAUUCUAUUUCAGGAAAACCUGUCCGAUCAUGUAGAGGUCUUAGAACAUAACCGGCACUUCGAAGCAGCCACAAUGGAGGAUCUAUUCAAGCUAGGCUGUUCAAGAGAAAAGCGGUGGGCUAUAUACCUAGCGGCAGACAUGAAGAAAGCAAGUGGUUUGAUGAUCUGCCGAUUAAAUCCAGUUGGGAAAUCCUUGUUCCAUUCGUAUAUCGUUUCUGGAAUAUCAUGGAACUUUGAAUACAAGAGAACGAUCGACAGAGGGAUAUUAAAACUACACGAAACCGGAAUUAUGAAAAUGUUACAGCAUCGCUGGUUAGAGUCGAAAAAUGUGGAAGACGAGAAUAAGUUUGAUGAGAGCGAAAGUGAAGAGGACGAUAUAUAUUUUGUCAUCAGCACAUUUACAGCUGUAAUACUGUUAGCUCUCGCGGUUCUUGCUGUUGAAUAUUUAAUAUUCUACUAUAAUAAACGAAAUUGAUUGAGCUUGUAUCAGUUGAUGUACUUUUGAAAGCAAAUAUGGGUGCAGGGAAAAUUCCUAUC